GAUAAUUUUGCCGGGUGUGUUCUUCGGUCGGUUUUGAAAUCUCCACAGUGCGAAAAGUGCAGCAAAUUUGUGAAGACUUAUAAAUCAUACAGAAAGUUUGUUGGGAAAAAUAGUUGAAAAUAUUAAAUUUAAACGGUGAAAAUUGAGCAAUUUUUGAACUGUAUGUGUUAAGAGUUCGUGUGACGUUUAAAUAUUUAAAUUCAGACAACGAUUGUUUUAACAAUUUCAAGUACUCUUGGUAGUCUGAGCUAAGAAGCGAAUAAGGUCCAGUAGGCGUGAACAAAGAAAAAGGAAAUAAGAAAUUACGGAUAAAAACGUAACGUUAGAAUAAAAUGGAGCACGAGGAUAAUGCGCAUUUGGACAAUUUCUUGCAAAAUUCUCAACAUUUAAUGGAGAAUUUGCAGAUGGAUAGAGGUGAUGGUGUGUGUGAUAAUGUUGCUGUAGAUGAGAUUGGGGGAAAAUUUGAGGUACAUGAAGAGCAUGAUGAUGAAGAGGAAUGGAAAUAUAUCAAAGAAGGGCAGCAGAGCGAAAAGCAGCAGCAGCAGCAACUGCAGCAGUUGAAAGCCGGUGUGGCUUGUAAAGACGUGGAAAGUGUAGAGGAAGUUGGCAACGGGCAUGGAUAUGGAUACGAGCAUGGUGAUGUCGGUGCCGACGAUAUACUUUUGCUAGACCAUCACGAAGUUGGUAACGGUGUCGUUGGCAUUUCAGCCGCAGUUAACGCAGACGCUGACAAUGCCGCAACCGGCAUUGUAGAGAAUGAAGAAGUCGACGUAGAAAUAAUAAAAAAUGAUGGUGAUUUUUCAACAACUUCGAAUACUACCUCUACAGCCGGUGAAGACGGCUAUGCAGAUACCGGUGUGUUGCAAGUGCAAAUGCAAAUUCAAAAUAUACCACAAGAAGAAUUUCUGCCAAAACAAGUUGCAGAUUUGUUGGAAGAUUGUCCUAAUACUGGUAGCCAUGCGGAUGAGACAGAAGAAGACGACCCCAGUUCUUUAGCAACCAAUAACACUAAUAGAACAAAUAGCCUUAGCGAGAGUGCUCCAAACCAAGAAUUACAGCAAUUGUCUACCGAAGAAAAUAUAAUAAAGAACGAAGAAUUUUCAAAUGAGGAUAAAGAGAAUACCGUUCCAUCAAUUUCAAAUGUUCAUGGCGAUAUUGCCUUUGAGGAAAACACUGGAAACAGUGAUUUUGACUCUGAAAUGCACUCUCAAUUAAAUCCAAAUGCAAUAGAAUUUGUUCCAAGCUUUGGAUCAAUUCCCACUUCUCCAACUACGGGUAACAGUGAUAACCAAAUAUUUGUGGAUGAAGAAGUAGCUUCAAAUAGUGCUGACGAAAUACAAUUACGAGCCCAACCAAAGUCACUUCCACGUCAUUUACUGGGCGAUGACGAUUUUGUUGCUCAGAGCCCACGCAAGGGAAGUGCUGAAUCCAAUUUGGACGCCAUUGCUUUACCAGAAGAAAAUGAUUUUGAACACGAAGCUGCAAAACGCCCGCAUGAAUUGGAGCAAGAAGACGAUUUGAUAGGUGUUGGUACGGUAGAGCACACACAGCAAAAGUCUCAAUUAGCUAAUGAUCAUUUGCAAAGUCUCAAUAAUUAUGCCGCGAAUAUGCUUGAAAUAGAAAGAGAUGCAAAUGAAGAUUAUUCAGAUAGGCUCAAUCAAUCGCCCUUAAACUUGAUUGAUCAUGGUCCCGAGACUUCCGUCGAUUUGGAAAUGGAUUUACAACCGUUAGCUGUUGAAAAAGAUGAUGAAACACAAGAGAUCCCUAAAGAAAAUUUAGAAAUUAUCGAAGAUGUAUUUAAUACAGUACAGCCAUUACCAAUAGAUUUGAACACUUCAUUUGUUGAGGAAACAUCACAACAAGAAUUCACCGCCGAAGGAAAAGAGUUGCUUGAUGUUGAAGAAAAAGAAAAUAUUUCACAUUCGCCAUCCACGGAAGAGAUGCAAAUGAACUUGCAAAAUGAAUUCCAUUCAUCAGUGAAGGAUAUUCCACAAAUUCCGAUCGAUAUGGAUAAUGCUGCAAAUAUGCAAGAAUCAUUUUACCUUGAAAGUACUUCUUCUGAAGCACGCCAACAGCUUCAAGAACCAUUUGCACCGGGCAUUGAGUUUUCUGCCGUUGAUGAAUCGAAUUUCCAUACUAACGAAAUCAACGCUGAGGGAGAUAAUCCUGUCAUUAAUGAUCCUUCAUUUGACAUUGUUCAAGUCUCUGCACCUGGUACUUUUGAAACUGAACCAGAGACUGCUCUCGAUACUUCACCUACUUCUUUAAACAUAUACGCACCAGAAUUUACGCCUACACCGAAAUCGAUUGAUGCUGAUAUAAUAUCACCUUCUCCGAUAUCAACUGAAGAAAAGCACCUAAUCGAAGAAACCAAAGAACAAGCAAAUUUGAGUGAAACAGAAGAACUCGAGCAGAAAAUGGAUGAUUUAAUAAUAUCAUCAAAUGAUGGAAUCCUCUCACAGGUAGAGGAGGUUGCACAAACCGCAGCUAACAUCGUCGAAAGUCUGAAUCCAUUUGCUGCUUCAGAACCCGAACAUCACGAAACGGUUGAGGAAACACCAAUUGAAGCGAAUCAAGUAUUUUCAACCGAAUCGCAGCCAGAUGCUGACAUUUCGCAACAAAACGAACAAAGCUACUACAACGAACAACAGGAGCAACAGCACCUACAGGAGGAAACAGCACAGUCCACAUACGAACAUCACGAGGACAAUUUGUUAUUAACAAAGCCAGAAGAUGAACAACCACCAGCAGCAUCACCUGUUCAAUUGGAGUUGGAACUGAAUGGAUUUGAGGAGCAUGUACCAGCUGCUCUAUCUGUGGAAAGCAAUAUUGCUGAUCCAGUCGAGCCUGAGUCUGUUGAAUUAUCAGUUGAGCCAGCACAUGAAUAUAGUCAUGUAGACCUGUUGGAGUCACCCGUUGCUCAGCCAGAACAUGAAGAUAUUCGUUCGGAACUUGUAGCGUCACCCAUCGCUGAGCCAGAACAUGAAGUACCAGUGGAGUCGCCAGUUGCUGAGCCAGAGCAUGUGACCGUAUCUGAGCCAGAACUGAAAGAUGUGCCACAGACAGAAGUACAACCAGUUACUGAGCCAGAGCUUAUUGCACAGCCUGAGCCGGAAGUAGAAGUGUUGCCUUCGGAGCCUGUAAUUGUAUUAGACGAAAGCAGUAACUUUGAUGCAAAUGUAUCGGCUGUGGCUGAACCAAUUUUGGAAAGCCCAGAUCAACAUUCUUCGUCUAUUCCUACAGAAGCCAAUGUGGAGUUAGCUGCUAACGAGUCUACCGCGUCAGCUGUCGAAGAAACUGUAAUCACUGCAACUGCUGUAGGUGCUCUGGCAGCUACGGCUGCCGCUGUUGCAGUUGCUGCGGAUGCACACAAGAAAACUGAUGUUAAACAGCCUCGUACUCCAACUUCGACGAAAUCAAAGGCUAUCGAUGUUAAAAAGGCUGCAGAACCAGCUAAAAAACCGAUUGGUAAAACAUCUCUAUCGACAGUGUCAGCCGCUAGACCACGUACUGCUCCGGUUAAGACGACUGCUACCGCUGAUAAGAAACCGACCACAACUACAACAACAACUAAAUCAUCAACUACUACUGCUGCUCGCAAGCCGUUAACCUCCACUACUGCAGCAUCUCGAACAGUUACUAAAACAACAACUACAACACGCCCAGCGACAGCACCGACUGCUGCUAAAUUGACUGCUUCACGUACCACUACCACGACUACGGCUCGUCGUUCAGCACCAACUACCACAGGGGCAUCGACGACUGCCACCAAUGGCACAGCCACCGCCAAGCCCAAACCAACCAGCGGUGCACCCACUAAGCCAACCACUUUAGGUCUAUCGGGUACAACCAAACCGAAGUUGUCAUCGCCACGCACCACUUUGACAUCGCAGCUGCGGAAGGCCCCAACUAGCACAGGUACUGGAGUAGCUGCGGCUAAAAGUCCUCUUAAGACUACUGCACCAACUGCUAAUGGCGUAACUAAAAGUUCGACCACAACAACCACUGCAGCAAGUCGUGCUAAGAGUUCGACUUCUACCACUACAACAACUACAACUACUAAGACUUUUACUGCUCGCCCUGCCCCGAAGACUACGCAUUCAUCAACCUUAACAUCGACUACGACUCGUCGCACCGUAGGUAGUGUAUCGGUUAGUGCAACAGCUGCAAAAACCACCAGCAGUACGUUGCUGAAAAAGACUCCACCGGGUGCCACCAGACCUGCAACAACUGGCAAAUCCUCACUUUCGCCUACGAAAACGGCAAGCUCAGCUCUGAAAGCGAAAACCAAAGAUGUAACUAAGAAAGCAGUAACUCCAACUAAAUCUGCAAAAGAUUUGAAACAUACCGAAGAACAGACAAAGACAAACGGUACCGCUGUUGUAGGAGCAGAAGAACCCGCUGCUAUUCAAUCGGAACAGAAACCACAUUUGAACGGUAACGGUGAAGGUGAUGCUCUGCAACUGAUAGAAAAUGGUAUUCACAAACUUGAGCUAGAGAAUGGUGAAAAUCCACUAUUGGAGCAGCAUAUACAGGCAUCUCUGAUCGAUGCUUAAAGAGGAGGAAUAGAAGACUUUGUAUUUUUUAAAGUGCAGUAAGCAAAAUGAAGAAAUGUUAGAUCAAAGAAAGCGAUCGUCGUCAUUUAAUAUUUGUUUUUGUGGGGGAAUUUACCUUUGGACGAAUAGACAUAAUGCACAAGGUACUAGGAGGGUUAUUAGUAAGGAGUGGUGGGUAAAAGCAGCUGCGCAUAAUUUUUACAAUUGUAUUGCUAAGCAGUUUGCUAAUCACAAUCAAAACAAAUGAAAUCAGAAGAGUAUAUUGACAGAGGAAAUUAUAUAAUAUUAGACGAACUUUGAUAAGAAAGAUGAGAGAUUGAGAUGAGAGAUACGGGAAAUUCACAUAACAAACGAAUAACUCUCGAUAGUGGAA